AUGCAGCCCGUUGCUUUCCCUUUUCACAAAAUCUUUCUCCCCGUUUAUCAACUUUUGUUGUUUUCCAUUUGACCACUUUAAGACAAGUUGCAACUUCGUAAAGUGCGUGUCUGUUCAGUUGUAACUCUUCGCAAACCCAGCGUGUCUGUGUUUACUACUUACAAAAACUAUACGUCUCAUUGGAGCGAAUCCGAAGCGGUCGUACAACCGGGCAGUGAGGACUCAACUUCUGUUUACUCCAGCGAGGGAGCAGAUUUAUGCCGUGUAUAACAGUCCCGAUCCCAUAGUCAAGUUGGGAACUCUGCAGCAAGGAGGCAGGCUGCAAGCCAAAUUUCUAGUAUGGGAGUGUAGUGUAGUGCAGCAUGACAAACACACCCGCGUCACAAAGUCCUCUGCUUGUCUGGUUUAAAGCAGCGCAAGUGCCAACACACCAUUAGACAUGCAUGAAACCAGUACCAGCUCAUGGGGAUGCGCAUUACGAAUGUUGACGGAGUUGUAAAUCUGCAUGUUGACACUGACAACUCUGGGGUUUGGGACGUGUUUACUCCGGAUAACACUGUUCUGAGCGACUUUUUGCUCCGACGAACUUGGUUGUUUGCUAAAUAGCAGGAACAAGGCGAAGGCGGCCAAGAACUAGGACACCAUAUCGCACACAAAAAUGCUUGCAAAGGGUAAAAAAUGUCAUGCAGUCAAGACGUGCCGUGAAUGUGAAUGUGAUCUUCUUGUUCUUUCACAUACUUUCGUGUGACCAACACCUUGAGUUGUGUAUAUUGACAGCGCUUGUAGAAGCAGCGCGGUGUUGAAAGAUGCUUUUACUUUUACGACGUCCUGUUGUAGGACCACAACAACAGGUGCACCAAAAACAAAGCACACCGCGCGGCUCUUUCUUCGCAUUCGGUAUCUGCGCUGGGUACUGGAAAUCACUGAUGUAUCUUCCCAGAUAUUAUGUUGAACGCUUGCUAAAGCAUUUUUCUGUGUCAUAUCCAGAGAAGACCACUAGUUCGUCGACUGCUCCAGAAGCAAGCGAUGCUUUUCACCCUAGAUUGAUCGCAACGGAAAAACCUGCCGUAUUUGCUGCUCGGCGUACUGGCACAACAGUCGGAAAAAUCCAGCAGGCGGACACGAAAUGCGAGCUGCAGAGGCAAUUUUGGUGGCAUUGAUGGUGCCAGGGGCAAGUGGGCUCCUUCAAAUCGCUGCAGACCAUCCCUGUGAACACACUUUCGCAAUCAAACCAAGUAACCACGCUUGCGGCAAACAGACGACUGCCGUUUCUCAACAACUGUGGCCCAUACUUGACGCGGCAACGUGUGAGUACGCUGCGAAGGUGUGCAGCGAUCUGAAGCUCACUGUUCCUCUAUGCAGGGGGACUGCAUUGCGAUAGUCAAGUGAAAGUACUAGGAGCGGCAUUUUAUAUUUAUUCAUGCUCGUCCGCCGACAUUAAUAAAUUAAUUGGCCCAGAAGAGGACGAAGAAGACCAGUAAAUCUGACCGCGUGUUUUUUUCACGACCUACUUGCAUGAAAAGCCAGUAUUUUUUUUCUGGGCGGAUGAUGUUGAUGGGCAAAAAAAAACAUCAUCUAGUCUGCGUCGCUCCUACUUCCAUGUUGACUACAGACAUGCAGAUUUGUACCUGAUAGAAAUCCGCGAUUGAGAAUCUUCAUUUGCCGUUCACGACAGAAACUCUUUCUCCUAACGAGAAUUACAAUGCGUGUUUCUUGUCACUAUGCACUGCAUGCACGUCUGGAUCGACAUGAAACAAAAUUGCUAGAGGAUCAAUUAUUAAGACAAAAUAGAUCAUCUUCAAGAAUGGUGGAGCUGGAGGUCUGAUUGAUCAAUUAAUAGGACCUCCGUUCCUCUUGUUGAAAUUGCGUCAGAGUGCCAGCGCGGAAAGGACAAAUGGCAAAGAAAGUUCGGCAAGCAUGGACUACCGUGGCUUGUCAAGUUAUCCGCCAAGUUAUCUAUUAUUACCUCGAAAUAGGAACAUAAAACCGAAAGCGAUGUCAAUGACAUAUAUAGAUACGACCUCGAAGCUGGCCAUAGAUGGCCUGGCCGUUUGGAAAGACAAGGACCCGCAGACCCGGGACCUUUUGUGACUACGAGCCUUCGGGGCUGAGCCAGGAGCUUUUCUUUGGGACCCGCCUGGGUUUUCCCCGAAGGCCCCGGACAUCCCCGACGGCGGUCCUUGCGACCCAGAAAAUUUAGGGCUUCGCGAGCCAAUGAGGGUCGAGAAAGUUUGCGAGCCGAUGGUUCCACUCGGGGGUCGAGAAAGUUCCUGGGAGCAACUUCGAGAGGUUUUAUUACGGAAACAACUUAUCGGGUUCGGCUUCGGGGGCAGGCGCAGACGUCCGUGCGUGAGGGCGUGGCGCAAAGUCGAGAUCAUCUUACAAAUAUUUAUGAACUCCGAGAUUCAGCAGAGCCGAGGCCUUGCCAGUCAUCGGUCUUUUCCUCCGGCGCUAGCGCUCUUGCGUCCACGGUCGAGGCGGACCCGAAUUCGUCGGGGGCCCCGGCAUCCCUCUUGGAACGCGAAAGGACACCGGAAGUGCUCCAGCGUAUGGGUAUGGCCGUUUGGGUGUCCAAUCGACGAAUUGUCGUUGCCUUCAGACAGUAGGACUUGAUGGAUGCGAAAGCCCAGGGGCGCGUAGCCUUCGACGACCGGGCCGUGGUUCGGUGUGCUCACAAAUUGCACUCGUGUCGAGGGCUGGCACUGGGCGAGUAGAUGCAAGUUUCAGUUUUUCUUCUGGGGCCUGCUGCUGGUCUGCAGGAUUUUCGCCUCGCUCGCCCGAAAGAUACGACAGCGACAGGAGUGUCGAUUUCGGUUGCGAUAACGUUUUUUCCCGCGGACCGGCUUACAAAACAAAGUCUUGACUACAGAAGCGGUGCCGACCGUUGUUUCUGAAGUCAAGCGGUGCUUGUGAGCCCUUCUGCUUAGUGCAGCACUCUUCUCGGGCUAAAUCCUUCGGCCCGAACGCGUCUUAGCUUAUUCAUCUUUCGCGGGCAGGGCCACUCUGGGCCAGCCACCUUUGCAGGGUCACAUCAGAAUCAGAGCAAUGCGCGCACCACCAGAAUAAAAAUAAUGCAAGAGCACGAAGGCGGACGCGGACCCAGUCCCAGACGCCCGUUGCAGUGUUUCUGUCUCAGAAGAUCCAGAGAGCUCGCAUUUCAUAGGCCUCGGUCGAUUACAAGGUCCGAUUCGGCCCUUCUGGUAUUGCAGCGUCAAUUGCUUCCGAGGGAUCUUUGACGCAGGCGUCCACGACCCACACCCUUUGCCUGCGGGAACCUCUGUCCGACGACGGUCGAGUUUCGCUUCUUCCUUACACGGCAAGGACUUCUGGUGGUGAUGCUCUUGAAGGGGCAUACCAAGUCCCGCAGUGCCAGGUCGGCUUUCAUGUUCAGGACAAGGAGUGCACAGCCAAUAACUUUGUCUCCGCGGGUGGCACGAUGCGGGUUUUCGGCGCAUCCACUGUGGCGGGUCUUGGGGCGUAUCGACGUGAAAACGCGUAUGUGCCCACCUUUGUCAAGCUGGGCCAAGAUAUGAGUAGGUCAAAAUCAAACAACAUAGAUUUAGAUAAGUUGUACAUUUAUUCGCCCCGUCGAUUCUCAUCCAUCGACUCGGGCUGCUCGGCUCGUAGUUUGUAUUUGUUAUCUCUUUGGGCGGCACGGUGAAGUAAUUCAUAUUUAUAUACUAUAUAAAUAUGAAUUACUUCACCCCCAUAGUAGCCGCUUUGUGGUCCUUCUAUCUCUUUCAAUAAAUCAAAUUGUGGGGUUCUCUUAGACCUUAGAAGCACUUGUUGCCCCAAUCAAUUUGAGAGGCUUGUUUUUGACAGCAAAUCCAUUUUGCAGACUCAGGCACAAAACCUAGGAGGAUGCCCAUUUGGGACUGCGUCGGUCCGCUCCGAUGAAUUUAUAAUGCCUAUUCGCAUGCCUUGCAAUGUCUAUGUCGUGCAUUGCUGGCUCUAGUAGUUUGACUUGGAGGAUGUGCGCUAUGAAUGAAGCAGUGUCAGCACAGUCCUUGAAAACUAGAAAGCAAGUGUGUACCAGCCGCCUGUCGAGCGGCCGUUUGCCUGACCAUACUUGUAUGGCUAGGUGGGGAAGGGUGCACCGUCGCGUUUUCGUCGUCAUAUUGGCCUAACUAGUGGCUUUACGUACAAAGGCUGUUAUCAAAAGCAGGCCUCGUCAUUGGUCGCACUGCAGUCUACUGGGAGUGCGUGGCGGAUCGGAUCAACGGAGAUAAUCGCUGACCAAUCGGGUAAUACUGAUUUUCCCCUAGCUGCUGCAGAAACAUACAGACCGCUGUGCCGAGCGGCUGUUGCAGAGGGUCCAACGUUUGAAAUUCUGCACCACGAGUCCGCGUGCGCUACCGGAUUCCACAUUGCACAAAGUGCGUGCGCGACCACCGCGACCGGCGGUGGGACGAGCGAGUUUGUGGUCGAUGGCCUAGCGCCGCAAAACGGUCCGCUUUACGGAAUCGACAUCCCGGCCUCGUCCGCUGAAACUCUCUUCGGAUUGCGACUCGGGCAAACAGCCAGCACACUUGAGUACCGUACUACUGGUACUUCUACUACCACUGCCACGACCGAAAAGCAACGGGGAUGCACGACUGACCUAGCUGGAAUACGAAUAUCAAUGAGGUGGAGGACGUGGAUGUGCAUUUUUCAUCGGUGGAUUCAUCGUUGUUCUACUUGGCACGCAGAUGCAAGCACUGGCUACGUCCACCUAUAUUCUUUUUUCAUGAGUCUGAUUAGUUGAACAAAGCGCUCGCCUAGGGGGAAAGACAAGAAAAAGGUCGUGAGGAAAAAACCAACCCUAUGUACAAUGCGGGGGGUACUUCAACACACAAAACCGAAACCCAUCAAGCGCGCAUACAGAAGCACAGCAGAUAUGUACUAGUCGAGGUGCUUAGAGUGCUGUAGACGGUGCCUCGCCGGCACCGGCUUUGGCUUGCUUCGAUGUGUGUUUUGUUCUCGCGCUCCGCAGAGUUCCCAUGGUCACUCGGUUUUUCGUGAUCUGGCUAGCCGCCAUUCAGAGGGAAGUAGUCGAAUUCGAUCCCAAGAGGGUGGUCGCUACAUGGCCAAACCUGCUCCUUCAGCGUUUUCUCUUAGUUCGUAGCAUGCGAGGCAUGCAUGGAAGUAGACUAGGAAACGACGGCGCCAGGUGCUAGAAGUAUAACGCCUGCAAGGGCGAGAAACAAGAGGCAGGAGGCGAGAGGCAGAGCGCACUGACAUACUCCAGGGCGCCUGCGUGGCGGGCGCCCUGGAACAGCAGCUCGGAGCAGUACAACGAAAGCCCGGGGCCACGGCCACCCCAACCCUGGGGGGCGAGGCUUCCGGGCAGUUUGCAAUUUGCGAGCAGCUCCCAAGGCAGACGCGCGGCUACUUCGAUUCUUUUGGGACGCCCGCGACCAGGAAAGUGACCGCGGCCGCCCAAAGCCAAAACUGCUAACUGUGCAAUCAAGUCCUCCGGCAAAGUUGGGCAAAUUCAAUUAUAUAUUUAUAGAAACGCCAAAGAGAAAGAAAGUGCCAAAAACGGUGGCGCUAGCGGUUCGCUUGCCGUGUCUCGGCGUGGCCGCAGGCUUCUUGUUUUAUUUGGUAAACCCGAAACAGGUCCCGGCGGGCCCCGGCCCCAGUUUCCUUGGGGUGGGUUUGCGCGCCCUCCCUUUCUUUUUCUUUUUGGCCCCCCCGCGCCCACGCCCACUUCCCGUGUGCCCCCGGUUUCCUUUCCCAAUGUGGCGGCCGCUUUGCUGCCUGCCCACCCAAUUAUAGCAAGGCGCAUGGGCAUGGUGGCCUUGUUCCUUCCCAGGAAGGAUCGAUAGGCGCCACCCUUGUGGGUUGCUUGUAUUUCUUGGCGUUCGGCUGGUGCGCCUUUGAGCAAAUUGCCUAUCACUCAUCUGGCAUUUUCUUGGUGGGUGCCAGCAUGUGAUUUCACAAAAAUCACGCCCGCGCACGCCAGCUCGCGGCACUGGCAUGAUGGCGAUUUAGUUUGAGGGCACUACCAAACAGGGCAGGAGUUUGAACAUGGCCCUUUGGUCUACCUAGCAUAGAUGUUUCUUCCUAGACCUGUGGACAUCCAGGGCGCCCGCGCUUAAGGUCUAGCAUGCCUGCUGUACUUAGUUAGUAAAAGAGCGAUCGAUUCACCGUUGUCGCUAUGCAGCUAAAGCAGCAGCCACGCGUCCUGCAGUUUUCAGGUUUACUAUUGUUAAGCCCUGUAGCGCCAGCGACCAAGGAACGGGAGUUCCGGUACUCCAUUUCCAAGCGCGCCGAUCCGUUGGCGGGGGAAUUUUCUGUCUGCUUGCGGUCUCAGGUGUGUGAGGGUGGUGCCUACGAAAUCCUUCCUCCUGGGCGGCCUUGUGCCAACAAGUUUGAAGUGGAAGUUGCGGGGAGCGCGACGGUGCUUGCGCGACAGCACUUGGAUUUGCAGAAGGUACUGAGCAGCUGCUCUACGGCACUGUACGACGAAGUUUCCGGAACCACCAGCGUACUCCGCGGAAUCGAGCCACAUGCUGAGGACACGUUAACUGUGCCCGCAACUUUUUCGGUGCGUAUCGACGCCCGCACGAGCAAAAUUGUGCUCGUAAAUGCAGCGUCGGCGGCGACGAUGCAGCUGUAUCAGCACGCCGUCUGUCACCGCAGUCGCACGUGCAGCUCUCCAAGCACUGUUUCACUGAGUGUUCCGUUGGAGGUUCUCCCCUACGGCAGCGAUUGCGAAACCGGCCUGGAGGUUUCCCGCGUUCCUGCUAUUGACGGCGCUGCUUUGCUUCAGAGUGCGGCAACAGCCGACUGCUUUGGAUUUCUUGCCCAGGCGAAUUUUCUCUCGACCUUGGUCGUGGGCGACCAGGCCACGAGCAAAAACAUCUUCGCCCGGUACAACCCGACUUCCGGGGAGACGCAGUUUCGCGCAGGUGCAUCAUUCAGCCAGAACGAUGAAUACGACUACGCAAUCUGCUAUCAAUACGCGACACAACAAGUCGGGUCCCCCACUGUGGGUUAUCGCAAGCUUCCAGGUCCGAAGAGAUGUGAUCCGGCUAAGCAGGUCUUUGACGCGGCCACUUGCGGUACUUUUGUCGGCGGGGCCGCCGCUGCUGCGCUCGUUCAUUCGGAUAUUCUGCCGCUCGGGUGUUCGUACUUGGGAACUGCGGCGAUUCUGAAUAUGGGGGGGCCGGCCUACCAGUACGACUACGUUCUUCCGCGCAUCGCUUCUCAGCGAAGCCAGCGCACCCAGGUUUGUCGGGAAGAUGCGCUGACGGUGAUGGAUGUUGCGACUUGCCAUCACCACGCUGCCGAAGUGAUCAACUUCCUUGCCCCGAUAGAAGAGCAGCGCCUGACGAUGGAGCAGGAUAUUGCAGUCACGGUUUUAGGGAGCGGUUACUUCGACAGCGCGAAGGGCGAGUUGUUGCUGAACGAAAAACUCGCCGAGGACGACCGCUGUAUGCAGAUUCAUUCCUUCGUGAACGCGGUAGACAAUAACCAUUUUAUGCCAGAGUUGAAGGCCAAGCUCCGAGGGAUGUCUACACCGCAGACGCUGGCGGAUGGUCUAAAUUCGGCUAUGAUUUCAGAUUAUAGUACCCUAAACAUCGUAGCGGCAACAGGCGCCGCUUCAGUCACAGCUUCGUAUUCUGCGGCGGCCGCGUUCGAUGAGACCGCUCUCCUCGUGUAUGACAAAAUUUAUCUGGCAGGCGUGGCGGCAGCGCAGGACGAGGCAGUGACGCUGAACUUCGGUAUGGCUACGACAAUUCGCAAUAAAAAGUCGCAGUACGAGGAUGCGCUGAUCAAGGAUCUUCAGCGGAUCUCAGCUGUGCCACACUGCAUCGCGUGGAACGACAUCGCGAUCCAUUUGUGUCUCGAAACCACCGACGUCUCGGUGACGGAUGCUGGGUGUGAUCCGACGAACACGUGGAUAACGUUCGUUUUGAAAGAUAAGUACUUCCAGGUUGUUGAAAAUGGCGGAGCGUACACGCAGGGCGCCACGGUCACCGAUGCCGGGCUGGAUCUCGUGGCACACUUCUACGACGACGAAGAUUGCUCGACACCUUUUGCUUACCCCGCUUCACCUAAGUCGACCUUUGAUUUCACUACUUCUGGAACGGAUAUUGCCGGGACCGCUUACGCAGCCAAUAAUCCAUAUCUUAUGGGCGGCUAUGUAAAGGCUGCUGCGUUCCCCCGUACGAUUGUCGCUGAUUUUAGCGUCAGCAUGAAACGAAAGCCUGCUAACGACGUGGCAGCCCGAGGCCUUUUUGGGUACCAGCUGUUUGCCGGCGCCAACUGCGAAAAUUCUCGGUCUCGGAGCUCCCCGACCCUCCCCACGAUUGGCUUGGGUGAUUCGUUUCGGGUGAAGGUGCCGAACAAUAAAAUCCCGGAACCGCUGCAGCUGCAAGAGUCGGCACCGCUCGGAGCGAAGAGCUAUCCUGGGUUUUCCGAUGUGUACAAUGGCGCCACCCUUGGCACCAGCGCCUGCUUGGACGAGGGCCGGUUCGAUUGCGUUGCGGGUAACGAGUGCUACGACAAAGUGAUACGCAUCGGAAAAGUAUCGCGCUGGUAGAUAUUGCGUUGCAAUAUUUUUCAGAAGAGAUGAGAGCGGACAUUAGAUUUCCGUUUGUGAUGCUGAACUGGAUCGUAGCAAACCAGAUCUGUAAUGCAUGACUGCAAUUGGAAUUGAUAAGAGCGCGAUAUUUUUGCAGCGGAUAGGGGAAGGAGUACAUCGAUUCCGGCUGUACGGAUAUCCCGAGCAACAACGUCUCCCCCAAAAAAUGUGGCCUUUUCGAGAACAAAAACAUUCCAUGAUAGUCAAGGUUGCAGUUUUGCUAGAGGAAGUAGAGGGCAAGCCAAGAUAGAAGUUUGUGCAUGAGAACUACUUCUUCGGGUACAAUCCAGUGUAGUGAGGGUUGCCUAGGGCAGUCGCUUCAGAACACGGAUCGAGUUUCUUGCCGAUCUUGAUUGGAGCGCGACAAAUUUCUCCAUAUUUUUUGUCUCGAGAAAGCGCUGGUGCUAGUGGGUCUGCGCAUAGGAGACAUUGAUUUUUUGAAGGUACAUCAUUGGCAUCACAAGCAUGGGGGGGAGACGUUUUUACACAUGAUAACGGGCGUGCAGCACCCGACGCUGGAGGCUUUGAUCGCGAAGUUUCGACGGUGUGGGUUGAAGGAGGAUAUUGACAACGCUAAAACGACUUUGCAGAAUGAGAUCAGUAACGUUGUCCAAGCGUGCGCCACCGGCAAGAAGAUGCUGGCCGGGAAGUGCUACACGUGCCCGACGGAUGCGACCAACUGCAUGUGCGACCCGGGUGACGUGGGGGUUCUGAAAACAACGACAACGAGCUUUGCGUAUUGAGAGGAAAUGUCCUCCCUCCCCAUAUCGAAAAGGCAUGCUUCCGAAAAUUUGUCUUGCUGAUUUGAGACCACAAAUUACGUCUGUCUUGCAAGAAGACAAACGCAGAGGCUUCCCUGCCAUUAUGGGAGCGGUUUGGCAUGCUGUUGGGCCUAUAGGACAGCCGUUUGUAAUGCUAAGCAACUAGUAGACCAAAAUGCCCCGCCCUAGGCUGCGGAUCUGGCUGCCAUGCCGUAUUGCAACACAGCGCGCAUUUGUGUACGCAAAUCCUGCAUCACAGACUUCCCAUUUGAUAUGGGGCGGGGGGAUUUUUCCUUUUGAUAUUGCGUGCGAACGUUGCCCGGUUGGACACUACCAGCCGUACCGUGGAGUGUUCAGUACCAGCGUAUCAAAUGCAAAAAUGUCUGGGUCUGGAAAAAUUCAAGUUUGUCAUGCUUGUCUGGCAUGACUCUUAAAUCUGUCAUGCACGUUACCCAAGAGCUCCGUUUUUCAGUGAUGCAGAAGCGCAGUUUGUCAUGCAGAAUAGGCAAGACCUAGGAGCUCAGAAACUUUUCAUGCUGAGCCAGUAUUUGUAGCCUCAUCAUGAGACGCCACCCAGCAUCACAAGUUUCCAGACCCAGACAUUUUUACAAUCCAUACGGCGCGGACUCGGACAAUACCGGGUGCAUCCCCUGUCCCGACGGAACCUACCAAGACACGGUGGGCCAGGCGAGCUGCAAAAUGUGUCCGGUCGGGAGGUCGUCGUCCUUAAAACGGGAUGGAGACGACGGUGCUGCGACGAGCGCCACGGAGGAAAGCGACUGCGUUCCUGGGCCCGCCGACGUGACCGAAGUGCACAACCACGACGACGAUUACGACCACGACCACGCUGUGUUAAUCGUGGUCAUCGUGGUCUUGGGCAUCAUCACCGUUGGACUGCUUUUGUUUGUGGCGAAGGUCUCGUCGGGAUCGGGCGGCGGCGGGUACCACGGAGGACCUGCGUUUGGUGGGCCUCCGCCCUUCAAGGGAGGAAAGGGCGGAAAGAUGAUGUCGAUGGGCAAGGGCAAGGCCUCCGGCGGCAUGAUGAAGGGUGGAAAAGGUGGGUCGAAGGGAGGUUUGAAGGGAUCGAAAGGCAAGGGCAAGGGAAAGGGCAAGAUGAUGAAGUGGUGA